CAUGUAGACUGCACUGGUUUGCUGACGAAGUUGGAAGUCCAAGAUGGCUGGCGCUGGCACUCUCGAGAUAUUGGAACAAAGAAUUGCUGCACUUGAGAGUAGAAUAUGCGGCGAAGGAAAUUCGAAUGGAAUCCAAGGAUCGGUUAUAGACAAUUUGCAUGGAGUGAAGCAGAAGAUAGCAGGCUUGACAUCUGGUAAAAGCAAGACUCAAGCUCUAUGGAAAAGAUUGGAAGAGCUCAAUAAUUAUCUUGACCCGGAACUCUCCAGUCAGCUGACAUUGAGCAAUGACGCUAAAACUGACAUCAUUUUAGCAGAGGAGGAGCAGCUGAAAGCACAAGCAGUUCUCUUGGAAAAGGUCAAAGAACUUUCUUCAGUGCUAGAUAGUGAACAUAUCAAAGGUGUAAGUGGAUUAUCCGACAGACUGGUACCACUGACCACAGUACAGGUCAAACAUGAGGAAGAGGCAAAGGAGCUUGGAGAUGAGACCAAAAAGCUUCUCGAGUCAUAUAAUAACAUUAUAACUCUUAUCUCCAAACAGUUUGUGCAAUGGGACGAGGUGAUGACCAAAUACGAGGUUGCUCAUAAAGUCAGGACACCAGAUAUUUAUUAAUGUGACCGUUAGUCUAGAGCCAUUACUAUUAUACAGGGUGGUCCACAAAUGUUCUUAACCAAUUAGCAACUAGCGAUUUUGUAAAAAUGGCCUAUUAUUCACUGGAAGAUAAGCAUAAUAUCAUAAUUUUGACAUUGUGCUGAACAAUAUGGAACAUGCGCUAUUUUUCUAUGCAGAAUCCUACUGUAGACAUGGUAAGGAUUACGCAUGUAUAACAUUAUCACAGUAGACCCUAUUUGAGUGGUUCAGUAAGUAAAAGGAGGGGCGGUUACGGGCGGUUUAGUUGCUAAAAGGUUAACAUGAGGGACAGGAUUGGUUUUCUUUGUGACAGGUUUGUAAAUCAGUUACAGGUUUGAAUUCACUCUCAAACAAACUUUAUUUCUGAAAUAUUAAUCAAGACAUUUUUAUAUGAAAAUGUGUCAAAAUAUGGCUCAGAUCGUACCAGAAAGCAUCUAAGAAUCCUGGUGCCUCCAGAGCCACUAACCAGGUCCUGGAACCUAGCUGCAAGGGACUUGGGGCUUUGUGCACAUCAGUUCAUGCUCCUUCCAAGUUAUAUUUGUGUUUGUGGAAUUCCACCUUGAAUUCCUUGAUGUUAGCAAUUUAUUUAUGAGAGAAUACUUCAAUAGUUGUUCCAGUAGCAUAUGGUUGCCUAAAACACAUCUUCAUAGGCUGAACAAAUAUAUGCUUUGUGCAUGAUCUGUAGUCAAUGAUAAGUUUCAUUGAUUUAGUUUUCUUGUUAUCAUUUAUUAAACUACUUUCGUCUGUUUGGAGCCAGAAGGGCUUUAUCACAUCUUGUGACUCUGAAAUUCGGAUAAAGAGCACGACUGCACUCACUCAUUGUAAAUAUGUAAAGUAACAUUAGUAGAUGAUUCUAUAGUGAAGUAUAAUCAGUUGAUAUUGUGUUUUCAUUGAUUAUAGACAUACAAAAACAAAAGUAUAAAUGUAAUGUCAUCAAUGUGUUGUAUAUAGAAGUCAAGCAUAAUAUUGUAACAUAACAAAAUGAAGUGGCAGGUACAUCAGCAACUUUUCACAAAGGAUUGCAUCAUGUCAAUUAAACAGUCAUAGUCAUCUUCUUUUAUAGAUCAUGAUAGGUGGGUGGUUGUGCACUAGAUAUUGUUGUUGAGAAUCUGGUCCGUGACUGCUGCAUUUAGAAAAUAUCCCGAUAGGAGAAAGAUAAAUGCUGCUUUAUAGCCAUAUGUGUUCCUCUGUUAUAUUUGCGACACUACAUUUUGCUAGGCUACUGUAUCAUGGUGUAUGUAAAAUGGGAUUAUGUAAUUCUCUUGCCAGCUGUUGUCAGUUCUUAUUCAAGAAAAGGGCAGGGGCAUGGAUUCUAAAAUCUAGAUGUUUUUAGAAGACAGUCAUUUUGUAAAGGAUAAUUUCGUAAAAUUUCAAUUGACAAAAAUGAUGUUUCAAAUUCAUUGAUUUUAGCAGGUGUAUCCAUGAUUUUGACUAGGCUCUAAGUCAAUGCAUUCCAUUAUGAAUUCAGUUCUUUUCACACUCUUUCUCUAUCUCUCUUCCCUACCUCUUUCAUAUUUUCUUUUGAUGUCAAUUUCUUUUUCCUUCAAUUUUGUAUUUACUCGCAUGUAUUUCUUUUGCGUUUUAACUUAUGGGCCUCUACAUUACCAUGCUACUCUUUGCUUGAUUAAAUUAUUACAUAUAUGACAUUAUACAUGGCUGUAUCUCAGUAAUGGAUAUGUAAUAUAUUACAUGAAUAAAAAUAAGCUCAUGCUGAUCAUCAAUAUUUCAA